AUGGCAGCAGCGGCGGCGUCCGACCCGGCCUUUGCACCGGCACCGCCACCCCACGACUACUCCAAGGCCAACGACGGCACCGGCGUCAUCGCCCUUGACCCUUGGCUCGAACCUUUUGCUCCCGCCCUGCGCGAGCGAUAUGCCGUCUUCCGCGACUGGGCAUCCAAGAUCGAAGCCACAGAGGGCGGCCUGAUCAAGUUCUCCCAGUCCUACCGCAACAUGGGCUUUCAGGUCGACCCAAAGACCCAGGCCGUCACCUACACCGAGUGGGCGCCCAACGCCGUCGAGGCGGCCCUCAUCGGCGACUUCAACAGCUGGGACCGCAACUCGCACAAGCUCGCAAAGGACUCGUUUGGCAAGUGGUCCAUCACCAUCCCUCCCGCCUCGCCCGGCAAGUGCGCCAUCCCGCACGACUCCAAGAUUAAGAUCUCGAUGGUGCUCCCGGACGGCGAGCGCAUCGAGCGCCUGCCCGCCUGGAUCAAGCGCGUCACCCAGGACCUCGACGUGUCGCCCGUCUACGACGCCCGCUUCUGGAACCCGCCGCAGGACCAGGUGUACAAGUUCAAGCACCCCAAGCCGCCCAAGCCCGCCAACCUCAAGGUCUACGAGGCCCACGUCGGCAUCGCCACGCCCGAGCCCCGCGUCGGACAGUUCAAGGAGUUCACCAAGAACCUCCUCCCGCGCAUCAAGGAGCUCGGCUACAACACCAUCCAGCUGAUGGCGAUCCAGGAGCACGCCUACUACGCCUCGUUCGGCUACCAGGUCACCAACUUUUUCGCCGCCAGCAGCCGCUACGGCAACCCCGAGGACCUCAAGGAGCUCAUCGACGUGGCCCACUCGCUCGGCAUCACGGUGCUCCUCGACAUUGUCCACUCGCACGCCUGCAAAAACGUCCUCGACGGCCUCAACAUGUUUGACGGCACCGACCACCUCUACUUCCACGAGGGCGCCAAGGGCCGCCACGAGCUGUGGGACUCGCGCCUGUUCAACUAUGGCAGCCACGAGGUGCUCCGCUUCCUGCUCAGCAACUGCCUCUUCUGGCUCGACGAGUACGGCUUCGACGGCUUCCGCUUCGACGGCGUCACCAGCAUCCUCUAUACCCACCACGGCAUCGGCACCGGCUUCUCGGGCGGCUACCACGAGUACUUUGGCCCCAACGUCGACACCGAGGGCGUCGUCUACCUCAUGCUCGCCAACCAGAUGAUCCACCAGGCCUACCCGGACGCCAUCACCAUCGCCGAAGACGUAUCGGGCAUGCCCGCCCUCUGCCGCCCCGUCGCCGAGGGCGGCGUCGGCUUCGAUUACCGUCUCAGCAUGGCGGUGCCCGACAUGUGGAUCAAGCUGCUCAAGGAGAAGCAGGACGAGGAGUGGGACUUUGGCAACAUCUGCUUCACGCUCACCAACCGUCGCCACCAGGAAAAGUCGAUCGCCUACGUCGAGUCGCACGACCAGGCUCUCGUCGGCGACAAGACCAUUGCCUUCUGGCUCAUGGACAAGGAGAUGUACACAAACAUGUCGGACCUCACCGAGCGGACGCCCGUCAUCGACCGCGGCCUCUCGCUGCACAAGCUGAUCCGCCUCAUCACCCACGCCCUCGGCGGCGAGGGAUACCUCAACUUUAUCGGCAACGAGUUUGGCCACCCCGAGUGGCUCGACUUCCCGCGCGAGGGCAACGGCAACAGCUUCCAGCACGCGCGGCGCCAGUUUAACCUCGUCGACGACCACCUGCUGCGCUACAGGUACCUCUACGAGUUUGACAAGGCCAUGAACAAUGCCGAGGGCAAGUACAAGUGGCUCGGCGCGCCGCAGGCCUACAUCUCGCUCAAGAACGAGUCGGACCGCGUCGUCGUCUUUGAGCGUGCCGACCUGCUCUUCAUCUUCAACUUCCACCCGACCAACUCGUACACCGACUACCGAGUCGGCGUCGAGCUGCCAGGCAAGUACAAGGUGCUGCUCGACAGCGACGAGAAGCGCUUUGGCGGCCACGACCGCGUCGACCACUCGGUCGAGUACUUUACCACCGACAUGCCCUGGAACGGCCGCGCCAACUUCCUCCAGGUCUACCUGCCCACCCGCACCUGCCUCGUCCUCGAGCGGCAGCAGUGA